CUGUGAAUGCUAACAAGCCCCGUCGUAAUCAUACAGCUCCGUAGGUAGGGGAUUGAUUUACAAAACAUCUUGCAAUGGAGAGAAACGACGACCACUAUUAAAGACCUACUAUGCGCCAGUGUCGCGUUCCCACAGCGCGCGUGCAGCCUCACCGUCGUCGGCACGUUUGAUCAGAAAAAAACCGUCUUUUUUCCAGCUGAGUGAAAUGUAUCGCGACUGCUCGGGAUUCACAUUCUGACAAUGGAGAUUGAAAAUAUCGUGGCCAACACGGUUCUCCUGAAGGCGAGAGAAGGUGGAGGAGGGAAGAGGAAUGGCCGCAGUAAGAAAUGGAAGGAGAUGCUCAAACUCCCCCACAUCACCCAGUGUGAGGAGCUACGCCGCACUGUUGACAGGGACUACACCAGUCUGUGUGAGAAGCAACCCAUUGGUCGGCUGUUAUUCCGUCAGUACUGUGACACCAGGCCAGAGCUGAAGCGCUGCAUCGAGUUCAUGAUGCUGUGGUCAAUCCCACGUCAGAGGCAGGUCCCCUGGGCCAUGUACCAACUAGCUCCUGAUGAAAAGAGGAGGGACUGUGGACUGAAUGUUUUAGACACAUACUUUAAUAAUGGGUCGGCAGCCCAUCUGCCAGACGUACCGCAGGAGGUAGUCGCCGGGUGCCGGGAGAAGCUGGAGCAGAGUCCGUGUAAGGAGCUCUUCAAUGACUGCACCAAAAUAGUUCGUGAUUAUCUGAGUGGAGCUCCAUUUUCCUCCUACCAUGAGUCCAUGUACUUCUCUCGCUUCCUGCAGUGGAAAUGGUUGGAGAGGCAACCAGUAACCAAAAAUACCUUCAGACAUUAUAGAGUACUAGGAAAAGGUGGAUUUGGCGAGGUUUGUGCCUGCCAAGUACGUGCCACCGGUAAGAUGUACGCCUGUAAAAAGCUGGAAAAGAAACGAGUGAAGAAAAGAAAAGGUGAAGCAAUGGCACUAAACGAAAAACGCAUUUUAGAAAAAGUUAACAGUAGUUUUGUAGUUAGUUUAGCAUAUGCCUACGAGACCAAGGAUGCGCUGUGCCUGGUGUUGACCAUAAUGAACGGUGGUGACUUAAAAUUCCACAUCUACAACAUGGGCAACUCGGGCUUCGACGAGCAGAGGGCCAUCUUCUACGCUGCCGAAAUCUGCUGUGGCCUCGAGGACCUGCACCGCGAGAGGAUAGUCUACAGGGAUUUGAAACCUGAAAACAUUCUUCUGGAUGAUCGCGGACACAUCCGAAUUUCAGACCUGGGCCUUGCCGUUCAAAUCCCUGAAGGAGAGACGAUACGAGGGAGAGUGGGCACAGUUGGAUACAUGGCUCCCGAGGUGAUCCAGAACGAGAGCUACACCUUCAGCCCGGACUGGUGGGGUCUGGGCUGCCUCAUCUUCGAGAUGAUCCAAGGCCAGUCGCCCUUCCGCAAGCGCAAGGAACGCGUCAAGCGGGAGGAAGUGGACAGACGAGUGCGAGAGGACCAGGAGGAGUACUCCGACAAGUUUGCUGAGGAAGCCAAGGACAUCUGCAGACUGCUCUUGGCCAAGGACCCCAAGGAGCGGCUGGGUUGCCAGGGUCGCGGGGCCAUCGAAGUCAAGCAGCACCCCAUCUUCAGAAACAUCAAUUUCAAACGGCUGGAGGCCAACAUACUGGACCCUCCCUUCAGCCCUGACCCUCGAGCCGUGUACUGUAAAGACGUCCUGGACAUCGAGCAGUUCUCCACAGUCAAAGGCGUGAACCUUGACCCCACCGACGACGACUUCUACCACAAGUUUGUCACAGGCAGUGUCUCCAUCCCGUGGCAGAACGAGAUGAUCGAGAUGGAGUGCUUCAAAGAAAUCAACGUCUACGAGACUGACGGGACGCUGUGCUCGGAUCUGGACGUGAACCGGCCUAACCCUCCACCAAAGAGAGGCUUCUUCUACCGCCUGUUCAGAAGAGAGGUCUGUUUUAAGAGCGGUUACAGCGACGACGAGAUCGAAGAGCCCUCGCGACUUUAAACCACUCCCUCCACCUCCACCUCCACCUGCCU